AUGCUAGAGCCUGCCAAAGAUAAGGAGGGCCAGGCCUUAGAACUAUGGCUCGACUAUGGUUGCUCGCCUUGGAGAAGUAGUAGCCAGCGUGCAGCAGACCUAUAUGACUCAGGGAUCAAGCUAUGGAGAAGAGAAGACCUCUUGGACAUUGAAGAGCAGCUUGCAGGAUCGUUUACGAUGGAAGCAUUUACUGUUCGUCGCGUUGAUGAUACGAUUGUUUAUAUCAGGAAUCCGAUGUUCAAUGUACAAAAGCCAAUCUGGAAGCCACGGAUCAAGUUCCAAGAGUACUGGCACCUGGUCCAAAGUAAACCAGAUGGCCACCCUGAGACAUACCAUUGUACGUAUCUUGUGGACUGGGUAAAUCAGGCUGUGCGCAACUACGAUGGCCUGAUUAGGAAUGCGCGGUCGCUAUUUGAUGUAAAGCAGCAGCAGUGGGAUGCCAGCUUGACAUGCGAGGCCUUUAUAUCACGGUUCCGUCAGCUCUUAGAUGGGGAUGGAAAGGCAAGACUGAUCACCAAGAUUAUCUGCUUCGGGUUAGGGGACUUGCAUCUAAAGCCACCCGAUUGGUGGAGGCUACAAAAUAAUGCGAAACCCAGAGAUCAACAGGAGCUAGAGACAAGUGUCAUUGAGAGUGCCUUGGUACAUCAUGCGCUUGCAUUAACUAUAGCGAAGAUAGCCCGUUCAUGCGCUAACUUGAGGGGGAGAGAGAUACGUUUGAUUACCCAAGACCCGGACUACUGUGAUGAGACGAAGGAGAUCUUACGAAGCAUUGGGUUUGAGGUGGUUGGAGGAUAUGGGGCUGGAGGCUUUGCUGAGGUUGACCACGAGUCUAUAGUUUUCUCUGCUUUUGCAAAGGCACCAGUGAAACAGAUCGUCGCCGAUCUCGCUCGUCCACUUGUUAUGAUUGGCCCUAAGAAUACCACUGGCGGGGUCUGGAAUUCGCGUGGGAAACCAUGGGCCGACCCAGAAUCUCCAAGGACGAGGCAGAUGUGGAAGGGGUAUGAAAGUUGGGACUUCCCAGUCUCACCUGAUCAUCUCCAAGUAGGAGGUGGGCUACAUCAAUUAGAAGGAUAUACAAGGAGUAGGGAAGACGCUAUAGCAGGCUCAUAG